UUGCCAGACGCCGUUUCUCUUUCCUUGCACCCCCCCUCCUCUUCUCUCUCUUUUCUCUCUUUUCGCUGCAAUAAUGGUGAGGCCACCCCUUGCUUCAUAAGCCCCUCUCUUUCUUCAAAAUUCAAGCAGCAAAACCAUGUUGUUUUCUUCACAUCUACCUCGCUGGCUCCAAGUUCUUCUGACUGAGAAGUUCUUCAAUGCUUGCAUAAUUCAUGAAGAUGCCAAGAAAAACGUGAAGAAUAUCUAUUGCUUGGACUGUUGUAUCAGUAUUUGCCCUAACUGCUUGUCCCCUCACAGCUCUCACAAACUCUUACAGAUAAGAAGGUAUGUGUACCAUGAUGUUAUAAGGUUGGAUGACGCAACAAAAUUAAUGGACUGUGUUUAUGUCCAAUCAUACAUAACAAAUAGCGCAAAAGUGAUAUUUAUAAAUCAAAGGCCGCAAACAAAACAGUUCAGAGGCUCCGGCAAUUUAUGCAGUACCUGCGACAGAAGCCUGCAAGACCCCUAUCUCUUUUGCUCUCUCUCCUGCAAGCUUAAUUAUCUGUUAAGAACAGAAGACGGGGUUUCGAAGUUCCUGUUCGAGUGCAAUUUCUUGCCUUUACCCGAGGUGGGGUCGGAGGAUGGUUUGGUGACACCCGACUCGGUCCUCGAACCGUCUGGUUCAACCAAGACAUCUUCCGGGUCUGGUGCGUGCGGCGAGGUUUCGUUUAAUUCCACUGCCACGACAGAGAUCGUGAGGAAGAAGCGGAGUAGCUUAAAAGCAUGUCGUCCGACAUGCCCUCCGACAGUAUCCGGAGUUUCGGGAAGUCUGAUAAACCGGAGAAAGAAAACCCCACAGCGAGCUCCACUGUAUUGAAGUUGUUUGUCUCUGAAUCCACAUAGAGACGGAGAGAGAGGUAAGGGAGAUUGGGACAUUGUUGGUAUUUUGUAAUUUUCAUUUCCCAAAAGUUUAUUCACAGAUUAAAAAAAAAGAAAAAACCAUCUCCCAAAUCCCAAUUUUGUUCCAUGUAAAACUCUCUUCUCUCCCGUUGC